AUGGCCUCCAACGCUGUCACGCUUCCCAUCACGCAUGGCGCUCUUCGUGUCUCCCGCAUGAUACCCGGCGAAGUGUGGUCGCAGAUUCUGAAAUUUCUCGCUGAAAAGGACCUUAAAGCUGUGGUCCUCGCCCAGUGCCCUGCCCCUGACCAAGCAGUGCGCCUCUUCUGGGAGGUCAUCACUCCUCAGAACAACAAACUCGCUGUGCUGUAUCAGAAAGUCGCACACAAUCCCCAAGCACUUGCCAAUCACGUCCAGUCUUUGACUAUGAACUUUGAGGCCCCUGGUGAGCAGCUCGCAACUUGCACUCUGGCCUUUCCCUGUCUGCAGAAACUCAGGAUUGUGCACAAUGUACACUAUUAUGAAAACGUGUUCGAGAAGACUCACAUCCAUAUCAAGACCCUAAUUGGCCCUGCUCUCACGCACCUGGAUAUCGGUACCCCUGAGCACGAGAGCGAUGCCACCAAGCCACUGGUCGACAACUUCUUCCAGGCACUUACCCAGUGUUCAAACUUGCACACCCUCAGCAUCCGCGUAUGUGUCAGAGACUCUCUUAGAGUGUUUGCCCGCGCCAUGAGUACUUGUUGCAAGCUCCAGGUGCUGGUUCUUGACAAGUACACUGAGAAUCUGGUCAACAGCAGCACUCUAAAGGCUAUCGCAAAUCUUCCCAAGCUCACCAGUCUCAAGAUCAACAAGCUCAUCGACCUGCCUCUUGUCUCACUCAUUAGUGACAUCAAGACCCCCUUCGAAGCUCUCACGUCACUGGAGCUCUCGAUCGGAGCUGAAGCUGCCGUUUCACUCCUUCCUCGCACCCAGCAGCUCCGCUCACUGCGUCUCACUAUCCAUGGCAACAAGUCUAUCUUUCCCACUUUCCUCAAAUUGCCUCUCCUCGAGCACCUGGAGUUGUCCUUCCAGAACUUCACCCUCACCGGUGUUGACUACAAGCAACUGGUACACUUGUCCAACCUCACCCACCUCGGGCUCUGCAGCGCUGGAGAAGAGGGUGCCUCGGGUCUCAAUACCGAAAAUGUUUGCGCUCUAUUCCUGGUCGACAUCCUCUCUGGGUUAACCCUUCUGCAGCACUUCCGUCUUGCUGCCAACGACACCUUCGACGACGAGUUCCUUGUUGCUUUGGGUCGUCGCUGCGCCAAUCUUAGCUCUCUCAGACUGAGCGGCGCUUUUGAGCUUGUCGGUUUGUGCAACGAGACAGAGGUGGUUUUUCCUUCCUGGCAGCACUUGGAGAUCGGUGAUGUCACUACUAAGGACCCCUGGAUGGACGAAGGCGCUGAGAACACCCUGGCAAACAACAUUGCGAGAGCUGUGCGUACUCAUGCUCCAUGCCUGAUGAUGUUCCAUGCUUCUGAAGAACUUGAUGAGAACCACCUACUUGCUUCUAAGGUUGAGCGGGCUUGGAAGAUCGACUGGAAUGUCUACGGCACCAGCCCAUACUUCCAUCACCUGCAGUUCCCAAGUCUGCAAAGCUUUUCCGUCCGUCUCUGUGAGAACGGCCCUUUGUCGCCUCCCCAUCUCAAUCAAUUCAUAGAGCCACAGCUCAAGCAUGUCAUCGUCGAGGAUCAUCCUACCAUUGCCACUCUGGGCCCAGGGCAAACGAUAUUCAACCACCUCACGACCCUGCAUACAGGCAUGGAUGGUGCAGCAGCCAGAGAGCUCUUUCCCCAUAUGCCGACUAUCACCGACCUGGGCUUAUAUGUCGAUCACCAUGAUGGUAUCGUAGACUGGCUAGCAUACCUACCACGACUGAGGUCUCUAGAGCUCAUCGCCAGAGCCCAUAUACUGCUGACGACACGCUACCUCAGAGGCUUACAGAAUUUGAGUCUCUCGAUGCUGAGUAUACAUGGUGAGGGAGGCUCCGGGUUCAAUGGCCACAUGAUCACUGCCAAUGAUAUAGACACACUAUUCGGAUCGCAUCGGACGUUGAUAUCUUUGGAAGUGGCUUGGGAAGGUGAUUCUCGCUCUGCAAACAAUCCCUCCUUCUUGCAAUACAGCCCUCAUCUUUUGGUCGAGCGAGUCGCCACGCAUUACCCAGCGCUAGAGACUCUCAUACUGCCAGCACCCUGUGCUGCUAUAGACCUCGGGAGGCUGCCCGCUAGAGCCUUGAGGAGCAAGCUCCAAUAUCUGCAGGUCGAACGUGUCGCAGCACCAACGGUGAAUCCGAUUACUCGUCCCGUGGAGUAUCGGACUGCCAUACUCAGCAUGGCAUGCAAAUUGAUCAAGCAUUUCCCACGCCUCCUAGAUCUGAUGUCUAACCAAGAUGAAGAUGUGGUGGAUGAAGUCUUCAGAGAUUUUGAAACAAUGAGAAGGGCUGGCCUGGCUCGUCGCUAG